AUGAUAAUCACACCAAAUAAACGUAGAUCAUUGAGUGGUCACAGACAGCAAUAUUCAAAUAUAGCACCAAAAGUUCAGACUCGUUGGCCAAAUGGAAUUCCUUUAAUAAGAAAACCAAGUAACGAGAAGCUAAUUAGACGAAACACCGAAUCAUGUAUUUCCUUGCAAGUUUCUGCGCUGCUUUCUCCAGAAAGCUUACAACAAUUCAGUCGCAUUGAGGAAGAAAAUAACAAUAGCCAUGAUGAUGAUGUAUAUACGCCAGCCUCAACAUCAUUAGACGAAAGCAAUGAACAAAACAUAUCAACGUCAUUCGAAAUUUCAACACAUUUGGACAUAGUUGGAGGUCAUUUUAAGAAUCUAUUCUCUCAGCUAGAGAGUUAUUUGGACACAAAAGCGAAAUCCAAGGUUGAAAAGGUAUUCAUUGAAAACCACAUCAAGGACUUUAAAGAACAUGCUCGUCAAGUUGAUUUUAUGAUUAAUGAGUUGAUUGAACGAGGCGAAAGACUUGAGAAAUUCAUCCACAAUCGUCAAUUUGACAGUGAAUCACACUGGGCUGAUUGGAAGCACUAA